AUGAUAGGUCAGAAUAAUAAGCACUUUCUGCGGCAGCGGCAGAAGGAGGUCAUUAGGGCGAUGAUCUCCUCCUCCGUCCCAUUGACGUCAACGGGAGGAAGCGUGCCGCCGCCGCCGCCGCCGCCGCCCACUGCCGGUGCGGAUGCAGUGAUCAACACGGCGUGGCGUCUUCUCAUAUACGACGAUAUUGGGCGUGACAUCGUCGCACCGCUGCUGCGUGUGGGUGAUCUGCGGGAACUGGGGGUCACGCUCUACAUGCACAUCAGUGCCAAACGCGACCCUGUGCCAGGCGCCCCAGCCAUUUAUUUCUGUGCUCCGACGGAAGAGAACAUCUGCACUAUUGCCAACGACGCGGUCAAUGAGUUGUACGAGUGGAUGUACGUAAACUUCACAUCACAGGUGCCACGGAAGGGUCUGGAGCUCUUUGCAGAGAGACUGAAUCGUGGCCAACUUCAGAGCAUCCGACACAUCAAAGUCUUUGACCGCACAUUAAACUACGUCGCCCUGGAAAAUGAUCUCUUCGUCUUGAUGCAAAAGAACUCACUUGUGACUCUGAACAGUCGCCACGCAAAGGACGAAGAGGUGGAGGCGCAUUUAAAUGCCGUUGUCCUGGGUAUUUCCCACGUUCUCCUGUCGCAGCAGGUGCUGCCUGUUAUUGUGCAUAGCAAAACGGGAGCCGCAGAGGAGGUUGCGCGGCGUUUGUCGAUUUGCCUCAAUGAUCAUCUCAACGAGCGCACUCUCACACCAGCUUCUUCCGCUGUCCUUGGGCGGCCCUUGUUGCUUAUCGUGGACCGCUCGAGCGAUCUGGCGACGAUGCUGCACCACCCUUUUUCCUACCGUGGAUUGCUGGUAGAGGUUGGGAACAUGCACUUGAACAAGGUGACAGUGCAAGGAGAGGAUGGGAAAGAGUCCUCGUUUGAGAUUGACCCCGAUCGUGAUGAGUUCUACCGUGCUAACGCAAAUCUGGACUUCAGCGCUGUCGGUGGCAACAUCGAGGCGGCGCUGAAGCAGUACCGUGAGGAGUACGCGACACUCUCUGACACCACAUACGGCGGGGAAGACGACACUGAUGCCAACUCCAUGUCAAAACUGUUGGCAAACGCUCCGAUGCUUGGGGAGAAGAAACGGAUGCUGGAUGCCCACACAAAGAUGGCGUACAGCUUCCUACACUAUAUUCGCUCAAGCCACCUGGAUCGCUUUCACGGCGUUGAACUUGGUAUUAUUCAGCGUGAAGGCAUAGAUCGGGAGGAGUUUGAGAAGCUCCUGUUGACAGGCUUGGGGACGCUAGAGGACCGCCAGCGACUUUAUCUCAUCGCCUAUCUACUGGAUACUGAAAACGAGAAUGAGGCUGUGCUGCAGAAGUGUGCCGCGUCCUUUGGUGAGGCGCCGUUCCCGGCUUUGGCAUACAUCAAGCAUCUGCGCAACUGGUCACUGGGUGCUGCUAGCCCCACGUCCGGUGAGUCGAGUGCGGCACAAGGGUUUGCGUGGGGUUUGGCUCAGACACUGGCAAAAAACAUUGCAAGUACACUUGGCGCCAACGCAAAAUCGGAACUACCGCUUACAAAACUUGUGGAUGCGCUUCUACAGGAUCCGUCGUCGGCGUCUGGUAGUGGUGCCGGUGCCCGUACAAUGGGCGGUGGUAACAGCCUUCGGGCCAAACUUUUAGAGACGGUAGUUGGGUAUGACCCAAGGACUAGGAAGCCUGUUGAUCUCACCGAGAUGCACUUUUCACAGGCCAUUGUUUUCACUAUCAGUGGAGGUUGCGUGGCGGAAUACGACGACUUAAAGACAUGGGAAGCGGCGCACCCGCGAAAGGCAGUCAGCUACGGCUGCACAGCGCUGCUAACAGGUAGUGAGGCCCUCCAGCAACUCGCAACCUUGGGUGAGGGAGUGACAUGA